AUGGGAAGAAAGAAGGUUCAGCUUGAAUUGAUGGCUGACGAAUUUGCUCGAAGGAUGACCUUCAACAAAAGAAAGGCUAAUUUGUUGAAGAAGGUGAGUGAACUUUCAACCUUAUGUGGGGUUGAUGCAUGUUUAAUUAUUUAUGAUAGCGAUAAUAGUCAACCAGUGGUUUGGCCUUCCUUACCAGGGGCACGACAAGUGCUGCAAAAGUUCAAUAGCUUUCCCAAAAAGAAACAGAGGAAGAAUAUGAUGGAUCAAGAAUGUUAUGCAAAGAGAUUUCUUUUCAAACUGAGCAAGAGAUUGGAGAAAGAACGAAGGAAGAAUGAUAAACUUUUAAGGACAGAGCAACUUUUGGAUAGUUGCUUGGUGGCUGAAUACUAUUUUCGUGAAGUAAGUAACUUGAAGGAUACGCAAGAACUAGGUUGUGUGCUGAAUAAGAAUAUUGAGCUAAUUAGUGAAAGGAUCAAGUUGCUGCAUCGAGGGGAAAUUCUUCCCAAUUCUCAGUGA